AUGUUCAAGCUUAUCCGCCGCGUCUCUUCUUCGCUCUAUUCGCGCCCUGACCGCCCGUGGUCCGAAGAUGCGACGUCGAGCGCGCCUACGAUCGGGCGUAAGCGCCGUGUUGACGAUGAUGAAGAGGAUGAGGUUGAGCAGAACGCGAGCAUCGCCCGUAAGCGCCGAGUCGCAUCAGGCAUCGAGCGCCAGGCCUCGGACAUGGGCGAGCUCACUCCAGCGGGCAAGGAGACGGAUCCUGGCGUAAAGGCGGUCACGCAGGGCGUCAAGGAGGUCGAGCUCGAGUCCAAGCCGCAGGAGACUGAGCAGACGGAGAAUGCCGAGACUGCCGCCACCUCUCCCGCUGCAGAGCCCGCGGUUGAGGCGGAUGCUGCGAAGCCCGAAGACGAGGCUACCAGCGCUGCCGAGAUGCCGCUUCCUGAGGCGGACGACGCCGAGGAGGCGGCACUCGCCAAGCAGCCCUCCUCGUCGCCCGCGCCCGAGGCUGUGGCGGAGCCCGAAGCUCCGGCGUCUCCCAUCACUGCCGCUGCCGCAGAAGUCAUCGCGCCCAGCCCAGUCGAGACGUCCGAGGAGACGCCGGCCGCUGCUGAGCCCAAAGACGAGCAGCCCACGAGCGAAGACGCCACCGCGACCGUCCUCGCCGCAGCGGCCUCACAGGCCGUCCCGACCGCCACUAUCUAA